ACCCGAAAAGGCUCCCUUGUUUCGUCCCACCACGUGAAGUCCAUCUAUAUCAAGACGCCAAGUAUGCGCCUUGCUUCGUCCCACCGUCGUUCACCACCUCUGCCGAUAUCCCUCGAGCGAUCAUUUGGUACAUCGAUUCCGACGGCAGAGGAUGGACAGCUUCGACGCCUUCCCCAGACCGCAGAGCGCCGACGGUCCGGCCACCAUCCUGGCCAUCGGGACCGCCAAUCCGGCGAACGUGAUGGACCAGAUGGAGUAUGCCGAUUACUACUUCCGAAUCACCAACGCAGAGGACAAGACGGAACUCAAACGAAAGUUCAAGCGCAUAUGUGAGAAGUCGACGAUCAAGAAGCGUCACAUGAGCCUGACGGAGGAGAUCCUGAAGAAGAACCCGAGCCUGUGCGAGUACAUGGCACCGUCCUUCGACGCCCGGCAGCUGAUAGUGCUGGAGGAGGUGCCGAGGUUGGCGAAGGAGGCGGCCGCCAAGGCCAUCAAGGAGUGGGGCCGCCCCACGUCGGACAUCACCCACCUGGUCUUCUGCUCCGCCGCCGGGUUGGACAUCCCUGGCGUCGACUACCGUCUCCUCCAGUUACUAGGCCUCCCUGUUUCUGUUCGCCGCGUGAUGCUCUACAACGUGGGCUGCCACGCCGGCGGCACCGCACUCCGCGUGGCCAAGGACCUCGCCGAGAACAACAAGGACGCACGUGUCCUGGUGGUCUGCUCCGAGCUCAACGUCAUGUUCUUCCGCGGCCCAGACGACGACCACUUCGAGAACCUCAUCGGCCAGGCCCUCUUCGGCGACGGCGCUGCGGCGCUCAUCGUCGGAGCGGACCCGGUCGAGGGGGCCGAGAAGCCCAUCUUCCAGUUGGCCUCGGCGUCGCAGGUGAUGCUGCCGGAGAGCGAGGAAAUGGUGGCGGGACACCUGAGGGAGAUCGGUCUGACCUUCCACCUGGCGAGCAAGCUUCCGGCCAUCGUGGGCAGCAACAUCGAGCGAUGCCUGGAGGGGGCGUUCGAGCCGCUGGGCAUCACGAACUGGAACGAGCUGUUCUGGAUAGUGCACCCAGGGGGACGGGCCAUCAUCGACCAAGUGGAGGCCAGGGCGGGGCUGGCGCCGGAGAAGCUGGCGGCGACGAGGCACGUGCUCAGCGAGUACGGGAACAUGCAGAGCGCGUCGGUGCUCUUCAUCAUGGACGAGAUGAGGAAGCGAUCGGCGAUGGAGGGCCACGCCACCACCGGCCAGGGCUGCCAAUGGGGGGUGCUCUUCGGCUUUGGCCCCGGCCUCACCGUCGAGACCGUCGUCCUCCACAGCGUCCCUAUCUAGUCCGUGGGGGUUGGGAUCCCCUCCGUGAAAACUACAUUACAUCGGUGGCUUUUAACCGUUAUUCUUGUACUACACUGCACGCUGCUAAGACUCGUGGGAGGGGCGAUGUCGAUUAAAUAAGGAAUUGGAUGGAUCUCCCGUCCCGGACGACUUCAGGGCGACGGGGACUCCAUCAUACGUGGUGUGGAGCAUGAUACGAUUAAUGUUUCUUCCUCUUCUUUUUCCUGUACAAUCCAUCGUAUGCUGGUUUGCGUCAA